AUGUCACAGAUUAAGGCCGUGCAUGAUUUAGCAUUACGGGUUGUAGAUGAACCCGACCUAGGUUCGACCUUAACCCAUUUAACCGCCGAUUUAGAUUCCUUGUGGACGCAGUUUAGGCUAGAAGAUGAUGCGGUGUUAGACGGCUUGACCGAUUUAGAUAGAUUAUCCGAGUAUGAUGUCGGUUUGACGGCUGAAAUACGUAAAUGUAUUAGUGAUUACAAGGUCGCGGCGGCGAAGUUAGUUCCUAAGGGUGUUGAGGCAAUCGACAUGUCGUACCUUCAGGUUAAGUUAGGAUCGACCAACUCUCCUCAGGAAAGUGACCAAAAUCCGUUCGAUUUCGACGGGGAUUUCCGUUUGUGGCCCACUUUCCGCGAUAGAUUUAAGGAACAAGUGGACGCGCAACUCGAGCUUUCCAAUAUUGAUAAGAUGUAUUAUUUAAUCAGGUGUCUUACGGGAGAAGCAUCCGACGCGAUACGUGGUGUUCCGGUGUCCGGGGACAAUUAUGUUCUUGCAUUGUCCCUCCUGUCCGAGCGAUUUUAUCGACCGCGACUAGUCGCCACGUCGUUACUUGAUCGAUUACUAAGCGCGCCGACCAUGUCGCAGGAGUCGUUGCAGGAUCUUAAUAAUUUUGUAGGUACGGUUAACGAAAGAAUUUCGCUAUUGGAAGCACUAAAAGUACCGAACUUGGAGUCCUUCAUUUUAUUUACAAUUGCUUUUAGGUGUUUACCUGUUGCUACACGCAAAUUAUUCGAGUCAGGUAGCUCGGCUGAUUAUCCGUCUAUACUCUAUAGUUGA